AUGGGAGCGCCUUCGAAUGCGCUUCCAUACACAGCACCCUCGCUUGUCGUUAUUCUCAUACUGGCCUCGUACCUGCUACUCUUGACCGUGUUUUACCAUGGUUUUCAAUGGCUGUUUUCAGCCGGCAUCAUUGGACCUCUGGUGUUAGGAGCCAUCUACGCUCGACCUCUCGGUAACAUUCUUCCUGAAGAAGUGCAAUCGGCCGUGCUCGCUAUCGGAUACCUUGGACUGUUACUCCUCAUCGUCCAAGGUGGUCUCGAGUCGAGGAUGGACAUAUUGUCCAGCCCAAAGAACCUUGCAAUGGCUUUUCUUGUGGGCACUACCGGAAUCAUCAUGCCUAUCGGGAUCAGCAUGGCGCUUUUGCCGCUCGGCUUCGGCUUUGGCUAUCUCGAAAGCUUCGCUGUGGGAUCAGCGCUAGCCUCCACCAGCCUUGGAACAACGUUUGCCGUCCUCAACACGUUCAAUGGAGCCUCUUCUCCAGCAGCGGCGGAAGAAGAGCACGAUGGUAGCUUGGAAGAAUCUGGAAUCGCCAACACGCGUAUAGGUACCAUCCUUGUGGGUGCAGCGCUACUCGACGAUAUCAUCGGCCUUGUUAUCACCAGCGUAAUAGUCUCGCUGGGCUCCUCCACUACAGCAUCUGUGUCCGAAGCUGCAACAAUCAGCUCGAUUGCACCAUGGACGAUCGCCCGACCCAUCGUCUCUUCCUUUCUCCUUAUCCUUGUCUCGUGGCUGCUCACGCAGUUUGCGCUCGCACCACUUGGCAGACGAUUCAUCAUUCCUGUGCUAGUUCGAGCUAUGCGUGUGUCUCGAGCUGCACCUCUCGAUGGCGGUUCAUCUGCACAACCAAGACUAAGGGUCACCCAAGAGGCAUUGAAGCGACUCCACGAUAAGCCAGGACUGCAACAACUAAUCGCAACUACGCUGCUGGUCUCCCUGGUGUUGGCAUACUGCGUUAUCAGCGAGGAGAUUGGGUCAUCUAACUUGAUUGGAGCGUUCUGCGCCGGCGCAGUGAUGAAGUAUUUGUACUCGCUCUACGCCACCCUUGGAACAUCUGGGACAGGUCCCAAUGACCACAAGCGCCAUUCUUGGUCUCCCGACUUCCUGCUUUCGAGCAAGACCGCGUUGGGCGUGGUGCAAGACACCAUUCUUGUGCCCUUCUUCUUCUCAAGCAUUGGAUCGGCCGUUCCUGUCAAGUCGAUGUUCGAGGGCAAGACGGUGUGGAGAGGUGUGAUAUUUGCUGGCCUGAUGGCUUUUGCCAAGGUGUGUGGAGGAGCAUGGGUUUUGCUGGCUGACGUGAUCGAGCGACAGCAGUCAGGAAGACUUUCCAGCAAACAGAAGCUGGAGAAUCGCGAGCAAGCUGACCAGGUCAACAAUGACUCGGCACGUACAGCAGCCUCGAUGGAGAUGCAGCCGCGUCAAGAGCAAGCUGCUUCCGGUCCCCUAAGCUCCCCUUCAGCAGGCGGGGCUGGAGAUGCACCAAGUGACAAUGGCUCUUCGGUGCCGGUCGUUUUGCAGCAACCUCUGGUUUGGCCUGCAGCUCUUUUCCUUGGCACGGCGCUCAUGUCGCGAGGGGAGAUCGGAUUCCUCAUCGUUAACGUUGCCAAUCAAGGCGGUCUGAUUGGUCAGGAAGCGUUCAAUGUCGGCAUUUGGGCAAUCACUCUCAACACACUAGCGGGGCCGAUGGCGAUCGGCAUCUUGAUGCGAAGUCAGCAUGGCCUCAAUAUUCUAGGGCGGGCGCCGAAUUCUCAUCUAGGCCGCUGGUCUUAG